CCCCGGCGGGGCAGUGCCGCGCCGCGGCGGGGCAGUGCGGGGCGGCGCGGCGCGGGAUGCGGAGCGGCUCGAUCCCACGCCGAUGAUGGCGAUACGCGAGCUGAAAGUGUGUCUGCUUGGAGAUACUGGGGUUGGGAAGUCAAGCAUAGUUUGUCGAUUUGUUCAGGACCACUUUGAUCACAAUAUUAGUCCUACUAUUGGAGCAUCAUUCAUGACUAAAACUGUACCUUGUGGGAAUGAGCUUCAUAAAUUUCUUAUCUGGGAUACAGCUGGUCAGGAACGGUUUCAUUCCUUGGCUCCAAUGUACUACAGAGGUUCAGCAGCAGCUGUGAUAGUUUAUGAUAUCACCAAACAGGAUUCAUUUCAUACUUUGAAGAAAUGGGUGAAGGAACUAAAAGAACAUGGUCCUGAAAAUAUUGUAAUGGCCAUUGCUGGAAAUAAAUGUGAUCUUUCAGAUAUCAGGGAGGUUCCUAUCAAGGAUGCCAAAGAAUAUGCAGAAUCUAUAGGUGCAAUUGUUGUUGAAACCAGUGCUAAGAACGCCGUUAAUAUUGAGGAACUCUUUCAAGGAAUAAGUCGGCAAAUUCCACCCUUAGACCCUCAUGAAAAUGGUAACAACGGAGCAAUCAAACUUGGAAAGCAGACUUCACAGACGGGUAGGCGGUGCUGCUGACCCGACUUGAUCUCUUUUGAUUUACUUGAAAAACAGCACCCUUUGCUUUUUCACUGAGAAAGGACUUCGUGAUCUCAGUGACUGCUUAUCUUGAAAACAGUGAUAUCAGCACUCCCAAUGAGUAAUAAUGCAAGGACCAGAAACAAAAAGCUUUACUUCAAAGGGAUUUUGCAAAACCUAAUUGGGAAAUCCUCUAAUAUCCUAUCAAAAUUACAAUUUCAAAGUUCUCUGAUUCUCUGUUUAAGCCAAUGACUGUUUUUUUUUAAUAAAAAGAACCUUUUAUACAUAAAAAUUUUAGAUUUUCUGCAAAAUAUUCUUUUCUUACAUUGCAAAGUGGACUUGUCAUUUUUUACAGUGUAAUAAUAGUGUGCACAAAACCAUAAAACCUGAAUUUUGGCUUGCAGUUUCUCUACUAUUUUUCUAGCUGGACUCUGCUUCUGUAUUUUUCUAAAUCUGUAGCUUUAUCUCAUGAUUUCAGUAAACAUCAGCAAGAAAUGGACUGAAUUUUCUGACUAGAAAAAUGGAUCCAAGGGAUAAAUGAACACAGUUUUUACAGGCUAUAAAUCAGAAUCUGGGCCGGGAGAGGCUGAGUAUACAAAAAAAAAGGAAUUGUCAUAAAGGAAGUGGCUGAAUGCCAUGCAGUUCCCUGUCUGCCCCAAAAAGAGCUGAGGUUCCGGCCACUGUAUUUUGUCCAAAUUUACUUCUUUUCCAAGGCUAAGGCUUUAUUAAUUACUGGAAUUGUAAGAACAUAAAUGCCAGCCUAAUCUUGGUUAUUUAUGAGGUUUCCUGCAAAUCUGUGUCCUGGAGCAAAGUUCUCUCUGCUCAAAGAUCCCAUUUCCUGUAUCUCUAAGACAGAGCGCCACACUGCCACAGUGAGUCAAGAGGACUCCAUCGUUGCCUUGCUUCGGGUUUUGAGGAAGUGUCAGGGAGAUUGAUGGAAGAAUAAUACUUUUCUGCAAAAGUGGCUUAAGAGAGCACAAUAUAAUUUGGGGUUAAAGGCUGGAAUCUAAUAAAAUGAAAUGGAAUGUUUCUUUAAAAUGCAAUUUGUUCAUUUUUAGAAUAGUCUCUUCACAGAUGUAGGGGUGUGAUAUGGCAGACCCUCCUCUUGAUGCCUUUAAAGUUUGAAGCACUUGAAAAUAGGGAGUAGGGAAAAAAAAAGAAAAAGGUGGUUAGGAAAUAGAAAUAAUGUAAAAUGGUAUAUGUUCUCCACUUCUGUCUUUUAUGAAAGUAUAUGACUGAGAUGAUAAAUUACAAAUUUCUUUUUUGUUAAUUCCAUUGGAAAUCUGAAGCAAGGUAAGAAACGCAGGCUUCAGAACCAGUCUGCAUUCCACAAUAUUAAUUUGUUCUCUUUCAGGAAAAUUAACCUUAUUUUACAUUUAAUGGGAGAUUUGUAUGAAAAGCAAACAGAAAAAUAACUUCCUACUUUAAAUCAGGUACAGGCAGGCUGGAGCCGGGCACUCGUGUUUAUACACAAAAAAACAGGCUUUAUUGCUUUGUUGUGAGAUUACUUUGUUAAAAUGGAACGGACUAUUAGUGCAUGAACCAGAGCCAGUUGAAAUCAAAGGGAACAUUUCUUGUCUUCAGAGGGCCAUUGAGGAAGUAAUGACAUGUGGGAAAUAUCCCAUCUGACUUUAUUCAGGAACCUAAAAAUCACUAUUUUUUCACAUAUGAUCCAUGUCUUAGAUAUUCUGGGCUCCUUGGAAAGCAUCAUACAUGAAAGAUGUCCUUGGAUAAUCCAUACAGAAUCAAACACAGGGAAAUGAGCAGCAGAAAGAGGGUGCUGAUCUAUGAUUUGCACUACUGUUUAAUUGGAGAACAUACUUUAGAGAUAGUCUGGGGUUCUUCAAGUGAAAAUGCAGCAAUCGUCUAGACUUUGUUGAUAGUCCAGGGAGGAGGGAGAGGGACAGACUCCGUUAGGAAACAUUUCAUCCAGUCCUAGUAUAAGGUAAAUCUGUAAGAGGUGCCUGUCCCUUUCUGUGGACUGCUGAGGAAGCCCAGGCAGCUACAGUAAGGCAGGUGAGGUUAAUCUGACCUUCAGCACUAAAGAAAAAUCAAACUGAUCAAUAAUAUGGAUGCAUAAAAUUUGUGGGACUUAUAACCACUUUGCCACAGGAAGUCUUGUUCCUAAAUAAAUCCCAGCAGAAGGCUACACCUAGCUUCCAGGAAAACAAGGUGGGCCUGAACCUGCAUUUUUAAAGCUGUUACAAAGUUUAGUUCAAAAUACACUAGUUGCGUUUAACUGAUAUUUAAGUUGUUUUCAUAAUCGAAGCACAGCAUUUUUUUUUUAUGUGACAUCUCGAAAUGCAUUAAAUCCUACUUGAGAUGUCUGAAGACUUUGUAACACAGCUUAUGCUAGAAACAGCAAUAGAUGCCAAUCUGUAUGGACUAAUUACUGUCCUGAACAACCAACUCUCACAGCUGCCAUUGAGCUGUGUAUGGAGCAGAACAGGUUUAUGAGCUAUAUCCUAAACACUUUUAAAUUGGAAAUUUUCCUAAUGGUGCUCUUGCAAUUAGGUGAGAUUUUAAAAUUCAAAUGCUGGCAAAAUAGACUUAAAGAUUUUUUUUACAUUAGUUUGACCAAAUCUAAAUCACCAAAUUCUAGUUUUAGCCCAGGAUGAGUUUUAUAUUAAUAAGGAUUUUGACUGAACAAGGUUUCGAAGUUUGAAAUUUUUGACCUCUGAAGUCAUAUGUGAAAGAAUAAUAUACCACUCUGAUAUGCAGAGUAGCUUACAUUUGCUUUGAAGACAGGGCUAGCCUUUUACUAUGGUGUUGCCUGUCCACUGUUUGUCAAAUCUGAAGUGCAGCUUUAACUUACGUUUUCAAAUAGAGAAUAGUUUGUUUUAGAAACUGUGCUUUUUCAGAUACAAAUUUCAUGAUUUCAGCUUCCUUUUGUUGCCUUUUUUUGCUUGGAAAGUACUGCUGUGCUUCAUAAAUGGCUGAAAAAAAUGAAAUGAUACCAAAAAAUGAACUCAAAGGCUAAAGGUUCGGCAGCAACCAUAAUUUGUCUUAGCAGUUAGUGGCUGGUUAAGAAUGGAAUUACUGUGCAGGAGCGCUUGAUUCCAUAGCUGAUCUGCUCUAAUAAUAGUGCUGCACUUCUCCACUGGGCAGCUGGCACUGGACUUGUCAAAGCUGGGUUUUCUCAAGGGAGCUGGUUACAGGACUGAAACAUAAGCUGCAGAGGCAGGUAUGUUUGGUGGAGUCUGCACCAUCACACAACACUCUGAGUGUCCAGUUGUGGGUGACUAGCUUUUCUGGCUUGUCAUGAACUAGUUACCUUAAAAAAAAAACAAAAAAACAAAAAACAAAAAACUAAUUUUUCUAUAUGCUCUGCAUAUGUUUGUGUAUAUAAAGUACAGUUUUGUAUUGCUAUCCUGACAUGUAGUGUUUUUUCACUAUGUCUGGUUCACAUAUACUGCAUAUUGUAUACUGUAAGUAUGUUUUUUGUUAAUGAUCAUUUCAUCUUUAUGAACUUAAAGCAACAGGUCUACAGGUUGAAGGUAGCAAUAAGAUGGAGAUACACAUAGGUAUAAUUGUUGACUUGCCAUUCCUAUGCAUGAAAAUGGCAUAUUACAGGAAGUGUCUUGAAGACUGAGAAAUAUAAAAAAGGCCAUCGUAAUCCAAGAACUGGGACUCAGAAGUAUUAAAAGUACACUUAAAAAUUGUUUUGGUUUACGAUACAGCAGGUCUAUCCGAAGUGCUUCAAUAAAACAUACGGCUAUAUUAAUUACUAGAGAAGUUACCUUUCAUCCCUUGUCUUCAAUACUUCUUCAUUGUAUGUGGUAAUUAGCAUAACCAGAUAGUUUGUACAUGAGAGCUCUCUGACCCAUAAUCAGACCUUUUCAGUACAAUGAUGAUAUAUUUUAUUAUCCUACCCUUAAUUAUUUAAACCAGAGUCACUGAUGAAUUGUCAGCAUAAAUUCACACGCUAAGUACUCUUUCUCUGUUUUGUUUUAUAUAAGGGCUUUGAUUGGGCUGGACCCACUUGCUUCAUGUAUGAGAUGCUGCAAACUGUUAACACUUUAUCUUCUGUUUUCCAUAUUAAUUGUAUCAUACCUAAUAAUAUUUUGGCCUAAAAUGUAGUUUUUCUGUUUUAUUUAACCUACAAUGAUUAAUGCCAAUAAAUGUUUUAAAUACCUCUGA